AUGCGCCCUUCAUUUCUUAAAAUACAGUCUUUUGGUGCCAUUUGUUUCCCUCUCCCCAAAGUGGAUGUGGAUUGUGGAAAUUAGUAAAAUCUCAUGCUUCAUGAAUACAUGUGCCCAUUGAUCUUUGGAUGUUUCCCAUCUAUUUUUAAUUGAAAAGUUUCGGUCUUUUUUGGACCAUUUUAUAGUUUAUUAAUUUCUUGUGUGCCUUCUGAUGGUGUGCUUCCUUGAUGGCUAAUUCUAUGUUGUUUUAUUGUGUGAAAAUCAACAAAUAAAUUUGACAUAAAUAAUGUACAUGCUAGAAUAAAUUGGAGACUUAUAACAAUUGGCGAGCAAAUAAUAGAUGUUGUAGCUUAUGUGUUAAUUCUUUGUUGCUCUAGUUUGCAAGUUGCAAAACAAGAGGAAAUGCCAAAGAACUAGAGGUUGUUGAACAUUUCGGGUUUUUAAACAUUGCCUUCUACCAGUCAUUUUCUUAUCACUUCUAAAAAAUGGAAAACUCAGAUACACCGCUGACAAGUUCAUCCCUGCCUCCACCGCCUCCAGUAGCUACAGAAGAGCCCGAGCCCAAAAAGUUGAAGAUGUCUACCACUACUUCUGAUGAUGAAGAAUGCAUAACUGCCACAGAAACCAAGAAAAGGUACAAGCGUCGUAAGAUUGCGAUUUUCUUUGCGUACUGUGGUGUUGGCUAUCAGGGUAUGCAGAAAAACCCUGGUGCAAAGACCAUUGAAGGUGAUCUUGAAGAAGCCUUAUAUGUGUCUGGAGCUGUCCCUGAACAGGAUCGUGGAAUUCCUAAAAGAUAUGACUGGGCUCGCUCAGCUAGAACUGAUAAAGGAGUUAGUGCUGUUGGUCAGGUUGUGUCAGGCCGGUUCUAUAUUGAUCCACCUGGCCUUGUUGACCGCCUUAAUUCAAACCUUCCCUCUCAGAUAAGGAUCUUUGGUUACAAGCGAGUGACAGCUUCUUUUAAUGCCAAGAAGUUCUGUGACCGGAGGAGGUAUGUCUAUCUCAUUCCAGUGUUUGCUCUGGAUCCAAGUUGUCAUCGUGAUAGAGAGACUGUCCUGGCUAGUUUGGGAUCUGAAAAUGAGCUUGUUAAGUGUUUGGAGUGUUCUGAGAGAGGCCGGAAGGUGGUAGGAUUAGUUGGUAAUCGUAAGCAAAAUCUGGAACUAGAAGCUGAAGCUAUGGAUGUUGAGGCUGGUGCUAUGCUUAACUCUGGAGUUACAGAGGGUGCAGAGGUUGCUUUGAAACAAGAUGGUAGUAGUAAUUUAAACGAGGAAUCCAGUAAUGAGGGUAAGGUUUUUGUUGAUGACAUGGACUCUAAAUCUGGUCUUGAGACUCUAGUUUCUGUUCAGCAUGAGCAUACUCCUUUAAAUGGUGAAUCCGGAAAUAAUUCUGGCAUUCUUGAGGAAGAAAAAGUGAAUGGAGAGGAUAAGCCUACCAACAGAAGUGGAUUUGUUUAUGGUGAGAAGGAGAGGGAGAGAUUUAAUAAGAUUUUGAAACAUUUUGUGGGGACUCAUAACUUCCAUAACUUCACGACCAGAACAAAGGCUGAGGACCCCGCUGCUCGACGUUACAUCAUUUCAUUUGAUGCAAACACUAUUGUUGUAGUUGAGGGCAUGGAAUUUGUAAAGUGUGAAGUGGUGGGACAGAGCUUCAUGCUUCAUCAGAUACGGAAGAUGAUUGGGCUGGCAGUGGCAAUCAUGAGAAAUUGUGCACUGGAGUCACUUAUUGAUACAGCUUUGCAGCAGGAUGUUAACAUUAAUGUGCCUACUGCCCCUGAGGUUGGAUUAUAUUUGGAUGAGUGCUUCUUUGCUUCAUAUAACCAAAAGUGGAAAGAUAGCCAUGAGGAGUUGUCAAUGAAAGCCUACGAGAAAGAAGCUGAGGACUUCAAGAUGAAGAACAUUUAUUCUCAUAUUGCUUCCACAGAACAGAAGGAUGGAACUGUCGCUCUAUGGUUGCAUUCUUUGAACCACAGAAAUUACCCUGAUUUGCGCUGUGUAAACAACGAAGCCAUCACUGAUAUCAAGAGAGAUGAAAUUGAAGUUGUGAUUGAGUGAGCUGUUUUCCUGCCGUUCAGUGUGAACUACUUAUUUCCAAUUGAGACUUUUCACUACUUCUGAUUGGUCAUUGUUUGCCUAACAUCACUGCUUUGCAUCAUAUAGAAUAUACACAAGAUGUGAUAUGUUUGCAUGUCCAUCACUCGGAAUAGAUACUAAGAGAAAUGGAAGAAUUUUUUGGUUAUAUUUUUUUGUUAUUUUAAAUUUAUUUCGUUUUGUGUAACAUGAUUUUUUACUUAUUCAAAACUUGACGGAGCAAUAGCCAUUUGCAUGUGCUGUGAAAAGAGAUCCAUUGUGAAAAUACGCCUGAUGACAUAUAUUUUGUAUCCU